CACACGUGCACACACACACUUAAACAAGGACUGACUUUAACAGCUCUCUUUGACUAAGAUACAGGAGGAUAUAAAGCCCAGAGACUUGACAGGCUUUUAGAAACACAGUAAAGGAGGGAAUGGCAGAGAUGGCUUCUUAGAGAUUGUAUCUGUGUGACUUUGCAGCUGGUAACCAGAGGCUCUGUCACAGGCUUCUGUAGUCUUGUACCUGGGGUUCAUCGGAUUCCCAGUAUCAGACUGAAUUAAAACCAGGAAACGUUAGGAUGUUUGCCUUGUCUGAAAUUGCACAACUGGACACGGGGCCCAGCCAAACUCUAAAGGCAGUGCCUGUGGUUGUUUAAUUAUAUCGUUUGAGUCUUAACUGUAUGUAAGGCAUUGUUCAGCGUUUUAUAGUAUCUGAUAAUUCUCAACAGUCCCGCGAAGAGCCCUGUGCUAUUAUCCUCGUUUUUAAAAGAUGAAGCCCCGAGAAGGCAUUUGUCCAAACCUACACAACCAGCGGAGACCUAAGAGCCAGAUUCAAUUCUAGAACUGCUGUAUUUAGAACAGUCUAACCACUCCGCAUUGUCAGAUAGGAAUUUACACUUAACGAGAUAACUCAGGUGUUGGGGUUCUUGUAGUCAGGAGCUUGUGUUCUGGGAUUCUUUACAAGAACCGGUUUCCCUGAGGUAUUCAUACCAUAGGUUCCAAGUUCCUUGUUGGGAUUCUGGGAAGUCGGGAUUACAGAGCGCUCCGGACUGCCAACAGGAGUCGCCAUGGCCUUUAGCAUUCGGAAUGAUGGCGCUCUUUAUGACCAGAACAGUUCCUUUAGGGAGCAGUCAUAUUUUGGAAGGCUCGUAUCCUGGCUCAGCUUCAGAGUAAUCGGGAUUCCAGAGCGCUCCAAGCGGCCAGCAGGAGUCGCCAUAGGCUUUAGUAUCUAGGUCCUCUACUUGGGGCCACCCAGGCGCGGCAGCGGAGUGGAAGCAAACGCCCUCCUGCGGUGGCCUCGCUCCAGGCGAAGCAGCCCAGAGCCGGCCGUCCCCGCGCGCACGCGCAGUGGUUCCACCGGCUGCCUGUUUCCCGGGGUCCGCGGUGCCCCGCCCGCCUGCCAGCCGCGCCCGUCCUCUGCUCUCGCGCACCCGCCCGCGGCUCUCUGCGGCCCCGAGGCCGUGACUUCCGGGCUGCUUCUGGGCCGCAGGGGGCGCCGGCAUUGCCUAGCCGGCCUGGGCGGAACGCGCCGGACUUGGGCUCGGUAGCUGCAGCAGCAGAAGCAGCAGUAGCAGCUACAGAGCGCUGAGACAGAGCGCAGCCUCAGCCACCGCCUGGCCAUGGCGGGUAGCAGCUCGCUGGAGGCGGUGCGGAGAAAGAUCCGGAGCCUGCAGGAACAGGCGGACGCCGCGGAGGAGCGUGCGGGCAGCCUGCAGCGCGAGCUGGACCAGGAGCGGAAGCUGCGGGAGACCGCUGAAGCUGAUGUAGCUUCUCUGAAUAGACGCAUCCAGCUGGUUGAGGAGGAGUUGGAUCGUGCUCAGGAGCGUCUGGCCACAGCUCUGCAGAAGCUGGAGGAGGCUGAGAAGGCCGCAGAUGAGAGUGAGAGAGGCAUGAAAGUCAUUGAAAGCCGAGCCCAAAAGGAUGAAGAAAAGAUGGAAAUUCAGGAGAUCCAGCUGAAAGAGGCCAAGCACAUUGCUGAAGAUGCUGACCGCAAAUAUGAAGAGGUGGCCCGUAAGCUGGUCAUCAUUGAAAGUGACCUGGAACGUGCAGAGGAGCGGGCUGAGCUCUCAGAAGGCCAAGUCCGACAGCUGGAAGAACAAUUAAGAAUAAUGGAUCAGACCUUGAAAGCAUUAAUGGCUGCAGAGGAUAAGUACUCGCAGAAGGAAGACAAGUACGAGGAGGAGAUCAAGGUCCUUUCCGACAAGCUGAAGGAGGCUGAGACCCGGGCUGAGUUUGCCGAGAGAUCAGUAACUAAGUUGGAGAAGAGCAUCGACGACUUAGAAGAUGAGCUGUACGCUCAGAAACUGAAGUACAAAGCCAUCAGCGAGGAGCUGGACCACGCUCUCAACGAUAUGACCUCCAUGUAAAUGCUCAUGCACCCUGCCUGCUCGCAUCCUCACCCUCAUGCUUGUGUGAUGAACUCACCAUGGCUCCCUUCUCAGUCUCCGCUCUCCAUUUUUGCACCUUUUGUUGGCUCUCUUGCAUAGCCUACAUAGCCACAGUCUUUUUCACAUUGUGCUAACAAAGACCAAAUAGAUCCAGUCCACGCAAAACAUUCCAGAGUCCUUUUAUUUCACAAAUGCAAAUCUGGCUUCUUUCCACUGAGAGAUGAACUGGACUCUGAAUGGCCCUGAGUACUAUCCUUUUAAAAACCUUAAACCAGACUCAAAUAAAACUAGAAGGCCGUGUUGCAGUGACGCAGGAAGCUAGGAAGAAAUACCAGGUUGUUUCCUGGGAUUCUGUGAAGUACAAUAUGGUCAUUUUCACUUAACACUGUUAAGUUUAAAGUAUUCAGAUUAUCAAAAAAAUCUGAGGAAAAGGAAAUGGGCAUGACCAAGUACAUAUCUCUGCUUCCUGUAACGAAUUACAGAGUAUUACCAGCCUUGGUAGUACCUGACUUUUAUCUCAGUACAUGGGAGGAAGAGGCAGGUAUAUCUCUUGAGUUUGAGGCCAGCCUGAUCUAUAACAAGUUCCAGACCAGCCAGGGCUAUAUAAUGGGACCCUGUCUAUAAAAUGAGAGAGAGAGAGAAUUCUAGAUCAAAAAUGAAUGGUUUCCUGAGGAACCAAGUCUUUUAUUUGCUGUGUUUAUUAUAUUGAAUGGAAUUAAAAUACCCACAGUAAAUGCUUGCCACUGACAUCAGAGAAACAAAAAAUAAAACAUUUACACACUAUGAAUUUGUAAGUUAAUGUUCAUAUUUCACUCAUGUGAGUAAUAGUUGGCCUUGUUUGAGGACCCUCAGACAUACACAGCUAAUGUACAUAUUACUAACCACACUUGUGCCCCUUGGGAUUCUAACCCUUGGAAUGUUUCACAGAGGUUCUAAUACCGCUGGGUUCCAUCAGAGCUGGGAAUGGCAUUUCUCUAACCAUUCAGAAAUAUAGUAGCCCCAGGGGCAUGCCAUGUGCCUGCUGCCUUGGAGGUUCCAGAAUAUCCUUUAGAGACCUGGCUGUCACCAUAGAAACAAGGGCAUGCCUCUUCCGGAACAAGGUCAUCUGUAGCCCGGGUCCACCCCAGUGCUCAGAUGUGAUGCUCUGUGGGGUAAACUCUUGAGUAUGACGAAAGUCCCAAAAGGAGGGCUUAGUUUAAGGUUUAUUUUUAAGUUCUGUUUUUAAAGUAAAGUUUGUAAGAUCUUCCUCGAGGUUGGCCCAUGACAGCCUUGGGUCCAGACACUGGUUGGCACAGAUGGCCUCCCCCAGGUGUAGCUGGCAGUGGGUUUACACGCCUUAAUACUCGCUUGCAUUUCACACACUGCAUUCACCCGUGUGGUUUUCCGUCUUCCUUUUCCCUUUUCCAUUGCACCACUGUUUCUCUCUCUCACCUUUUGUUUCACACAGAUAAGUUUCUUUGCUUCACUCCUUCCAAGACUCCUUCGUCAGGCUGGACGUCCCACCUCUCUGAGCUCUGCAUCUGUCUGUUCUCCAGCUGACCCAGGUUUCCUUUUAGCGCCCAGCUUCGGGCCGGGCACAUCCCGUGCCGUCUGUUGUACAGGAGCUAUCCACCCAGUGUACAAUAAACACUGCAAGCUAUUCCCGUUUGCUAUCUUUACUCUUAUUUAUUGACGCUUUCGUCUCAACACCGAAUAAAGCUGCAGUUCGGCUUCCUGCAUCUCGGGGUACAUUUUUCUUCUGAACACUGUAUGCUAACAUCAGGAGUCUUUAAGUGGUAGUUCCUUGUGCAACUUUUACAAUAAUACCUGGCUUUGAGAUCCUGGAGUGAGGGCCCAGCCGUCUGUGGUUUUGGGAAUUGUGAUAGUUCUGACAGUUUGGGUUCAGAACCUCCACACGGUAGAUAGUGGGAAUCAAAAUCUGGCUUGAGCAAUGUCUUCCCUGCCAAAAGUUUAGUUUGAGGUGUGGCACCCUCUCUGUGCUGGUACAGAGAUGGCUCCAUCUGGGUUCAGUAAUGGAAGUCUGUGUAGCCAUCCUGUACUCGGCAGCUAGGGAGUCUGCAUAUUGUGAAGAACUAGGACUCUAGCACUGUAAGUCAUGGCUGUUGUAUUGUCCUAUUGCACAGAGAUGAGUCGGAGCAUUUGUCUUUAAACACGUUCAUUACCCAGAUACACUCAUUGUGGACACAAAAAUCACAUUAUAGGAUUUCUAAAUAUUAGCUGCAUUUGAGCCGUGGUUUAUUUUUGGGAUCUGAAGCACAACAUAUAUUCUACAGAAGGUGUGCUUAUGUAAGGUGAGUUUAACCCCUUCGCUUCUGAACCAUUGCAGCUGAUUCACAACCCACCGAGCCCAAGAAGCGAUGCUUGCUAUCGCUCACAAACAGCUAAGUAGCCUUUAUUUGAGAAUGAAGACUUUAAAACAAUGUGGCCUCUAGCAUCUCAGCUCUUAACGUCAGCCUGGCUCCGUUCCUGGGUCUUAAGCAUGAGUAACCCUCCUCUGGCUCAGGGUGGUGCUUGUUAGCCUAGUAAGACUGGCAUACCACUCUCCUCAAGUCAGUUUGGGCAAACUCGGAAAAUAGCCAUUUACUCUGAACUCUUCAGAGCAGAGCGAGUUUUUUUUUUUUUUUAAACAGAGGGUCUGGAUUAAAAUAUUUUAAUUAAUGAUAUGGUUGACUCUAAUUUUAGGAUCCAGGCAGUGUCUCUUCACCAAAGGGUGCAAAGGCUUCUGCAGUUUUCUGGGGUUUUUGGGGGGGGGUUGUUGUUUUGCUCUGUGUUUGUUUUUCUUUCCCUGAGGCUCCUUGGGCCCCCUUUUCAAUGAUUUUGGAACCUUGUUCUCUUUAAAGUUCAGAAUAAUAGUAAUGCCCUCUCUCAGAGCGUUCUGUCACAGAGAAAACAAGACUCUUGGGGUUCUGCCAAGCAGACAUUAAAGCAUCUUGGGAUACAAAUUUCUUGACUUUCCCCAAGAUUUCUCACUCUUAUGAGCAUUCGCUGUGGGGGAAAUAGGAACAAAUGGAUCAUGAAGAGUAGCUUAAGGUGUGUACAUCAGGAGCAUAGACAGCAAAUUUUGAGUUUAUCAAGAACCUGUUUAGUUGCCUUCUAGUUGAGCAAGGGCCAGACUGUAUCAGCAACUCUUUCAAGAGCUUUAGUUGAACCAAACCAAUAGCAUUGCCAGCUCUGAGACCAGAUGCCUCAAGACAACUGGGGUCUGUACAGAACAGGAGAGAAAGCCCUUACAAAUGUGUCUGGUCCCCGCCUUGAGGUCAUCUCAGUCUCCAGCUCCCUUGCACAUAGAAGGAGCAAGGCCCAAAGUGGGUUGAUAUGGGGAGCACCGCCAUUUAAUCCAAAUUCCUAGUUGGCCUCUGGAUUCCCUAGGGUGUCCCCAGUGCUUUCCUCUUCUAGAGAGCCAAGCAUGUGGGCUCAGCAAAUGGGACAGUCCUGCCCACCGCUCAAGGUGCUGGUUCCCAUGACGUUACUGUGGAUGUAGUAAUGGUAGUAACGGGGUUUCUGGUUUGCAACUUCUAAGUGUGGGAGACACUGGAAGGCAGCAGGAUAGAAGAGCUGAUCUAGGUGUGCUCUUAUAAGCUGGCCAUGUUGGAAGAGAGUCUACACUGGCAGACGUUGUGUGUUUGGAGCCAACAGAACAGAAAGUCUCACUGGGUGCUACCUGGAGCAGGUGACAGCUGAAUGGAGUUUUGGAUAUUCAGAAAGUUUAGAUAAGAGGAAAAGGCAUGGGUUGAACAUAGUUCUUCAUAGUACGUCCGCAACAGACAUCAGGAGUGUAGCAACUUCCCCCACUUCCCACCGUUUAUGAGAGAAAGUUGAGAGAAUCGCUGCGUGCCCAGCAGUGAGAGCCGCGGUUGCUCACUAGGCAGUAGGAUUCUUAGCUCUCCGAGAUCAUCAAGUAGAAUGUCCAGGUCCACAGAGUCACCGUCAUUCAAAGCAACCACACACACCCCACUUUUCCUAGUAGGUGCUAGCUAGCUUCUUUGUCACCAGGUGUCCCCUGGCUCAUCAGACACAGGCUGAGUUCUGUGGUGGACUGCUUUGCCACCUGAGUGGACUACAAGGCAGUACCUAAAGCUUCUAUCACACUGGGCAAGUGUAGAUGUUUGAGAAGGUUUAUUUAAGGGGGGGACGCAUAUCACAGUGUACAUCCGGAAGUCAGGGGACAGCUCGUCCAAGUUGGUUUUUUCCUUCCACUGUGUAGAACCUGGGGGACCCAACUGUCAUCAGGCUCUGUCGCAAGCACCUUUACCCGCUGAGUCAUCUCCCUGGCCCAGUUUUAUUUAUUUUAUGCACGCUGUCAAUACCCAGCAUGAAUCUCAUCGUCUUGAAGCACACAGAUAAGUUCUGAAUCAGGCGGAGUGGAGAUAAACAACUUGUUUGCUGUGGGUGACACACCACUGAGGUCAGAGGAGAGUUCAGACUUUGUAUGUGCCCCUGUGUCUAGAGGGGGGGUCUUUCAAAACACGUCCUUGUGGCGGAAAUGGUAGCACUAGCUCAGCACGACCCUGCACCUGAGCAGUGAGGAUGGGGUUCAAGAAGAGUGGACAGAAGUAGACUGGUCAGGGGCUCACCUAGAAUCUCUGCAGAGCUCUAGCAAGGAAGGCAUAAGUGGCAGGACCUGGCCUCCAGCCUGGCCUUAGUCCCCAAAUCUGUUGUCCCAAACUGCACAUAACCUCAGGUCACAGGAUGGUUUUAAUGAGGUGCAGAAGGAGCAUUGGUUCCUUCCGGCAUCCUGCACCUCCUUCCUUCUGUUCUACAUCUCCAUCAAGGUUCCAGCCCUUUCUCCAUUCUCCCAGGCCUUGCCAUACACCGUCGCAGGGCACAGGGUACAGGACCUUGGGUCAGGGUAUACCACUGCUCUCCUGUGUAUCCGUGUUUUCCAGCCUGUUAACUGCCUCUCGCUGAUUCGAGCUAACCUCUUCUUCCUUCUGUCUCCUCUUUUCUGCUAACCCUUGCUGACCUGUCCAGACCAGCUCUACCAUCAAC